GCCCGGGGGCAGAGCCGGGCGGGCGCAGCCCGCAGAGCCGUAGCCUGGUAACCGCCACACGGCGGGCGGCAGGGCGGGCGCGCAGGGGAGGGGCGGCCCCGGCAGCGCCGCGAUCAGGUGGCCGCGGCGCGCGGAGACGGUGCCCGGCUCGCCGGGGGAUAAAAGUCCCGCCGCCGCCGCCGCCGCCCUGGGACGCCGGGGGAGCAGCGCGGAGCCGCCGCGGAGCCAUGGUCAGCGCUGGACACGCUGUGUGAGACAUCCCAGCUUCAGCCGCACGCGGUGUCCGUGAGCUCGUCGGGUGACUGGGAGCAGCGCGGUUCGUUACUGAGCUGACUAAGCGGAGGAAGCUCUUGCUGUUCUAGCACCACCAGGCCAGACAACCCUUCCCUUGGCUGAAGAUCACGUUGGAUCUCUUCCCAUAAUGGAAGCGUGAGUGCCAAGAUCCUCCAUGACCUCCAGAAGCCACAACUCCUUACCGAGAACUCUGAUGGCUCCGCGAAUGCUUUCUGAAGGUGCCCUUGGGGGCAUCGCCCAAAUCACCCCUUCGCUGUACCUGAGCAGGGGCAGCGUCGCCUCUAACCGGCACCUGCUCCUGUCCCGGGGCAUCACCUGCAUAAUCAAUGCUACCAUUGAGAUUCCCAACUUUAACUGGCCCCAGUUUGAAUACGUGAAAGUGCCUUUGGCUGAUAUGCCCAAUGCCCCCAUCUCCCUGUACUUCGACAGCGUCGCCGACAAGAUAAACAGCGUGGCGCGGAAGCACGGGGCCACCUUAGUGCAUUGCGCGGCCGGCGUAAGCAGGUCGGCCACCCUGUGCAUCGCCUACCUGAUGAAGUACCACAAGGUUUCCCUCUUUGAGGCUUACAACUGGGUCAAAUCGAGACGUCCCGUUAUACGCCCCAACGUGGGCUUCUGGAGGCAACUGAUAGACUACGAGAGGAAGCUCUUUGGGAAGACGACGGUUAAAAUGGUACAGACACCGUAUGGCAUCAUCCCAGACGUUUAUGAGAGAGAGAGGAGACCCCUGAUGCCUUACUGGGGAAUUUAAUGUGACUGCAGACAGGAAGCACAACAGAAGGGACUUGCUGUUCUGAGUCUACCAGACUGGAGACAUUCCCUUCUCUUUCUACAGCCAACUUUGGUUCUUUACCAUACAGCAGAACCUCAACUAAUUCUCACCUCACUAACCUGCAAGGCCAACAGUUCCCUUCAAAGCAUUUCUCUCUACAGGGAUUCCCCAAUCCAUAUUUCUCUGAUUUAGCAGAAUGAGGCCUCCUCAUAAGUUUAUUCCUUUCAUAAAGCCUCUCUCCCUUUUCUAGUCAGUUUAUUACUAUCCUACAAGGAAAGGCCUGAAAGGCAUUUGGCAGAGUUAAUGAACAAAGUAAUGCUUUGUGAUGCGGUAGCCUGGAUAUUUCUUUAAUAGCUUGUUUGCUUCCUUGCGAAAUCCUGUAGUGGCUAGGGAGCAGCACUGGCACAGAAUGAAUGAGGUCCUACUCUUAACACAGUGGGUUUUACUAAGAGCCAGGAAAGCAGGAGUGCCGAGUUGUGUUGCUAGUGCUGAUGUUUUCUUUAACAUCUGUAGUUACUCUCAGUAUAUAGUGUUUGAGAUCUUUAGUCAGCUCUUAAUCUGUAUUAAAAGUUAAAAAAAAGUGAAGUCAGUCCAUGUCGGCCACAAGUAAAAUAAAAUUUAAAUGGUUCAAACCAAAUAAAUACAAGGUCCUUUUUCACUCAUUCCAUGCCAGGGCAACAGUCCUGGAAUACACUUACACUUCUGAAAAAUGCUAGUGUUGUCUGUGGGUGGAGAGUAAACAGAGAUCUUGUCCAAGCGUGGGUCAGGACAGGAGCGAGUGGUUAGCCUUUCCUGCACUGGCCAGCCAAAGAAGCGUUUAGGAAACUUUGUGUGUAGGGCCACCUUCCAAAGGGGCCAAGCUGUGUUUUCUAAUAUUCAAUCAACCAGUAAAUUGGAAGUAGGUAAAACUGCUUGAUUACUUAGCUCUAAGUAUGGUUGUGAUCUGCCUUAGCCCAUUUCUAAAUCACUUCAUUAUGUCCUCAAGGUUAUGUUGCAUUCUAGAAUUAUUCUACGCAAAAUGGCAAUCUAUUAAACCUCCAGGACAAAGAUGGCUUUACGGAGAAGGCUUUGCCUUGUUUUGUUUACGAUGAGAAAGAUUCCAGCCUGAGAAGUGGGAGAACUCUUUCAGUGGUACGGCAGCUGGAUCCCGAGGGUCGCUCGCUCCCUUGCAGAUGGGAGGAUGCUCGUUUCAUUAAAGCUUAGAACUGGACCACCGGGAGGACAAAGCAAGUGAAGUUCCCCGAUGAGACAUUU